CGGAAUCCGGGUGAGUAGUACUGGGAACCUGACGUCAUCAGCAACAAAAGCAGGCUAUAGUGUGUGUGUGUAAGUGAGAGCGAAUCUAUCAGCCGAUCCCAUAUCGAUUAGGAUGGCGUUCCAGAACAAGAAGAGCAGCGUCAGAACCACGGGUGACCGUCUGAUAAUCAAAGGAGGAAAGAUAGUCAAUGACGACCAGUCAUUCUACGCUGACGUCUACGUAGAGGAUGGGACCAUCAAACAGAUCGGGGAGAACCUGAUCAUCCCAUCCUGCGUGAAGACUGUGGAUGCAUACGGUCAGCUGGUGAUCCCCGGAGGAGUCGAUGCCAACACCAACCUUCACGCCCCACAGAGAGGCAUGAACCCCACAGACGACUUCUACCAGGGAACCAGAGCUGCACUUUCGGGAGGAACUACCACCAUCAUGGACCAUGUGCUGGUGGAGCCGGGAGCGAGCUUACUGACAGCGUUCGAUCAGUGGAGGGAGGCAGCAGAAGAGAAGUCAUGCUGCGACUUCUCUCUACACCUGGACAUCACUCGCUGGCAUGAAGGACUGUGUGAAGAGCUGGAGAUACUCAUCAAAGAUCAAGGUGUGAACUCCUUCCUCUUCUUUAUGGCUUACAAAGACAAGUACCAGAGCUCCGAUUCUCAGCUCUAUGAGGCGUUUGGAGUCCUCCGGGAUCUUGGGGCCAUUGCCCAGAUCCAUGCAGAGAAUGGUGACAUCAUUGAUGAGGAACAGAAGAAACUUCUCUUUCUCGGCAUCACCGGACCCGAAGGACACAUUUUGUCACACCCUGAGGAGGUGGAGACUGAAGCUGUGUAUCGAGCUGUCACCAUUGCCAAACAGACCAACUGUCCGCUGUAUGUUACCAAGGUGAUGAGCAAGUCUGCUGCUGAGGUCAUCGCCAAAGCCAGGAAGAAAGGUAUCGUUGUGUACGGGGAGCCAAUCACUGCAAGCCUGGCCACUGACGGUUCUCACUAUUGGUCAAAAGACUGGCCUAAAGCUGCUGCAUUUGUCAUGAGCCCACCUCUCAACCGAGAUCCUUCAACUCCACAGUAUCUGACAUCCCUGUUAGCAUGUGGAGACCUCCAGGUGACGUCUAGCGCUCAUGCCAGCUUCUCCACAGCUCAGAAAGCAGUUGGUAAAGAUGACUUCACUCUGAUCCCAGAGGGAACCAAUGGAAUUGAGGAGAGGAUGUCUGUGGUGUGGGAUCGAGCUGUUUCCACAGGAAAGAUGGAUGAAAACGGGUUUGUUGCAGUAACAAGCACCAACGCUGCUAAACUCUUCAAUAUUUACCCACGCAAAGGAAGGAUUGCAGUAGGAUCGGACGCUGACAUUGUAAUUUGGAAUCCAAAGGAGACACUUACUGUUUCUGCGAAGACUCACAAUCUGAUGGUGGAGGUGAACAUCCUGGAGGGUUUGGAGUUUCGAGGCGUGGCGUCGGUGGUGAUCAGCGGCGGUCGAGUUGUUCUUGAAGACGGAAAACUCAACGUGACCAAAGGUUCAGGGCGGUUCAUUCCCAGAAAGGCUUUCCCAGACACGGUCUAUAAGAGGAUUAGAGCCCGCAGCAAGAUGGCUGAGGCUCGCGGGGUCCCCCGUGGAAACUAUGAUGGUCCGGUUCAUGAUGUCAUCAGCGUGACCAAAUUGGUCCCACCCACUCCGACCACCAGGGGGCCCACUUGUCCGAAAACCCAGGCCAGCCUCCGAAACCUCCACCAAUCAGGAUUCACCCUGGCAGGAAACCAGGUUGAUGACCACAUACCUCGUCGCUCUGCUCAGAAGAUCGUGGCGCCGCCUGGUGGUCGAUCCAACAUUACAUCCUUAUCUUAAAAGAGUAGAAAGAAGCUGGCACGUUGAGUUUGUCCAACAAAGCACUGUAGUUUCACCUUCACUACUUGAUACAGCCCAACCUGUACAGUUCUUGUAACAGCAGUGCUAAGCCCUCCAAUAACUUUACAACCAGUACAACACCCUAUACCAUCAGUAGGUAUUCCUCAACCAACCUGCUGGUAUCCAUUAAACUGUAACAGUUGACUAGCAAUACUAAAUCCUAAAAUAAUACCACAUUGACUAGACCUUGACCAAACAACAAAACAAUGUGUUAUAUUUUCCAUAAAACUGGUACUAGACGGUUAGGGUUACUGGUACUCAAUGUUACUGGUUAUUUGAAGUCUGUUAACCGUGACUGUUAUGUGUAUUUCACAUGAUUAAAUCUCAUCUGUCCUAAAAAUCGUCACAUAAUUAGGUUUUCUUUGUAUCCCGUCUGAUGAAGGCCCGUCUGGUAGUAGUAGUAUAAACCCAGAAUAGUGUUCUUUCUUCAUUAGAUGUGAUUAUAUCACUUCUUCAUCAGACAUCAGAAGGCAACACGUGUAUAUAUGUACUUCCAGUACCGUAUUUUUUGUUAUAACUGGUGUUUUCAUUAUUCACAGCCGGCCAUAUGUAGAAACAUUUUCAAUUCUUUUACAUUUUAAUGAUACCUGGUCCGUUUUAUUCUGGACUCACUGAGCUUGACCACAGAGUUGGUUUAGAAGACUUUCUGUCUAACUUUGACUUGACUAAAUAAGUUCAUUUUCCCUAUUAAUAAAGUAAUCGACCGUUUGUAAACGUUUAAACGAACACUUUGGGCCUUUCAGACCAAUGUAAAACAUAGACUGACAGUUGUGACUGCCUGAUACGUUUUGCUAAUAUAUCCAGUGGUAGCCUGAAAGGAGAGAUCUUUUGUAUACCACGCCCCCUACAGGAUGGAAACUAAACAACUCACCCAGAAAUAUCUGAAAAAAACAUAACAAAAUCGAAUUCAAAGAUUAACACCAUUGGCGUACUAAAGUCUAAAGCAUGGCGCAAAUAUUCUAAUUUUUAAACUCAACCUUUGCUUGAAUCUUACCAUCCCUCUGUUCGGUUUACCAAUGCAUGCACUUUCUUUCUUAUUUCUGUAAAGGGCAUCCUGGGAUGUCACAUCUGCAGAAAACCUCUUUUUACUGUAUAACCUAUGUAAUUUUGAAUUGUAAAGCCUUUAUUUGAUACCAUGAUCUUUUUGUAUUUUUGUAAAGUUUUUCUAUCUUGACAGUGUUUGCAUCAGUGACUGUAGUGUUUAGAAACACGUCAGCCGAGUUGUUGCUGUAGUUAUAUAUUGGAUCCAACAUGGCGUGCUUAUCCAACUCUAUAGUGAAGACUGCUCCAACCCUGACAGCUUUAUACUUGCCUACUGAACUGUUGUCCUCACUUAAAAACUUGA